AUGGAACGGAUAUUGCGCUCAACGCUUGCCCUGCUGGCAUUUCGCACCUUGCUGGUUACUGCGUCUGAAGCAAUUAAAACCGAGCAGGAACUUGUGCAAAUUUUUAUGAACCAAGAAGAUGUGCAUUCCUCUGAAGAACUGCAUCGCAUAAUCGGGCCCCUGAAGGAAAUUCCAGAUUAUCGACACUGGAAUUAUGAUGAAUUGACGCAAUAUCUAAAAUACUAUGAUUGGCUUAAGGUGGCUGGACGGGAUUUCCUCGUUUAUUUGGCUUGGCUAUUACUUAAUGAAUAUCAGAGUAAUGUUUGGAUCCGAAAUUUAGUGGAUACCACUCGAAUCCAUUUGAUGCCAUCAAUGAACCCAGAUGGAUAUGAGGAAUCGGUUGAAGGGGCGGAUACUGGCAAAAGAGGACGAGAAAAUGCCAAUCGCAAGGAUUUAAAUAGGAAUUUCCCGACGAGGUUCCCCAAUUAUUUCCCUUCUCAAAACCCAGAGCCCGAGACAUUGGCCAUGAUGAGUUGGUCGAAAAGCUUGCCAUUUGUGUUAUCAGCGAAUUUACACGGAGGUUCUAUGCUCGUAAAUUAUCCAUUUGAUGAUGCUCCGACCAGGGUGAAAGAUAGUAAAUAUACACCGUCGCCGGAUAAUGCGUUAUUCGUACGGCUGGCAUAUUCGUACGCCAAGGCGCAUGAUCGUAUGUGGAAACAGGGCCCACGAUGCAUCGAUGAGGAAUUAAAUUCACCUGGUGACCCAAAGUACGGUAUUGUAAAUGGAGCGGAAUGGUAUAUUGUAUCUGGUGGAAUGCAGGAUUGGAAUUACGUCCACACGAAUUGCUUUGAAGUAACCGUCGAGACGAACUGUGCGAAAUUCCCGAAAAAAGAGGAGAUGAGAUGGUUGUGGAAGGAAAAUAAUUACGCCAUGCUUCACUAUAUCUCAUUAGUGCACAAUGCCAUCUCGGGUUUCAUUUACGAUAUGGAAACUGGACAAGGCAUCCCAAAUGCUACCGUAUCGAUCGACUUCCGUAGCAAAAUUAUUACAUCUUAUGAGGGCGGAGAAUUCUGGAGACUUGCUAAUAUUGGAGACUAUGAGGUCACGUUCGAUCACCCUGAAUAUAUACCAGUUACCCGAAAAGUUUCAUUGACAAAAGAGAAGCGUUCGGCUAGAUUAGAGGUCGGCCUGGCUCGAAUACCAUCCGAAUAUGCGCACGAUGGCCCUGAACUUCGGAGUUAUGAUGAUAUGACACGGUCUUCCCCGAUCCUCACUUUUUUCACUUCCUUCUUCAUUCCUCUCCUCUCUAUGGGUUUCUACAAU